AUGGUGUCCUUUGAAACAGUAAAAUCUAGUAACUCUGCCAUCAAGGAAUAUGGCCCUAAUCUGGUGGCAGUCUUCGUCGGUGGCACCAGUGGCAUCGGUGAAAGUACCGCCCGUGCUUUUGUGAAAUAUGCCGUUUCUCCGCGCGUGUAUCUCGUCGGACGAAGUGAGACGCGAGCUUCCAAGAUUAUCGAGGAUCUCCGUGCUCUGAAUCCAGAUGGACAAAUUAGUUUCAUCAAGAGCGACGUUUCGCGCCUGCAUGAAGUAGACCUGGCGUGCAAGGACAUCCAAGCCAAAGAAGAAAAGAUCAAUCUUUUGAUUUUGAGUCCUGGCAUCUUGACUACCAAGGGGCGAGAUGAGACCGAUGAAGGACUAGACAAGAAGCUCAGUCUUCAUUACUACUCUCGCAUGCGGUUCUUAUACAACCUUCUCCCUCAAUUGACAAGUGCCGCCAAUGCCACAGGCACAAACUCUGCUCAGCGCCGCCUCUCGAGUGUUCUUUCUGUUCUUGACGGGCGCGGAAAUGCACCCUUGAUCUUAAAUGAUCUCUCCCUAAAGGAUAACUACUCUCUGCGCAAUGCCGCUAACCAUGCAAUUACCAUGACUUCGCUGUCAAUGGAAGAACUUGCCUCAUCGCAUCCCUCAACCUCUUUUGUUCACGCAUACCCAGGUCUUGUGAAGACAAGUCUGCGCGUUGUUCCUUUUGCUCACCCCCAUGUCUGUUACUUUGGAAGAGAGCGGCGAGAGACAUCUCUUUGCCGCGACCAGCCCGAUCUUCCCCCCCGGGGAGUGAAGGGGGGCAAUGAUGCUGCACUUGGCUCGGAUGGUGUCCAGGGUUCUGGUUUUUACUUGGUUGGUGCCGAUUCCGCCACUGUCAAGAACCAGCAGGUGUUGGAAGGCUAUCGCGCAGAUGGCACGAGACAAUCGGUUUGGAAACAUACUCUCGAUAUCUUCAAGGGUAUUUGUGGAGCUUAG